AUGGACAUAGCGAUUUUCAUUUGCUGCUUAUUACGUUUCCCAGGGAGUCAGGAAGGAGGAUGCCCAUGCAAAAAAUGUUCCUUCCUUCAAGGUGCAAGCUUGCUCCUUUCCCUUCUGGGAUUCCUUGUGGCUGUGAAACCCAUCCAGACUUUGGAUCCUUCUUUCCAAGAUGUCACAGAGAAGCUGACAACAACCACCCUUCUGCAAAGUGUGAAGGAAGCCAAGCGGCUGGUCGAUGCAGACUACAAGCAGACUCAGCAGAGUUGGAAGGAAAGGCUGAAGACCGAGACCCUCAGCCUGGCAGACCUCUUUGCGUUUUCCAGGCAGCCCAGUGGGAGCUCCAAGGAGGCAAUAAGAGCUGCCAGUUACCUGGACGUCACCCUGCACCUCCUGAAAGAGAAGCUGAAGCGGGGGAUCCCAGGGGAUUUUAAACUCCAAGAUGUGCUCACAUCAGACCAGAUGCAAACCCUCUACAAGGAGACCGGAUGUGCCCAGCAAGAGAAGAUGGCAUGCAGCUGCGAUGAGAGGAGUCCCUACCGGACAAUUACAGGCAAAUGCAAUAAUAUAAGAAGCCCAUUUUGGGGAGCUGCAAACCAGCCUUACACCAGGUGGCUUCCCCAGCACUACGAAGACGACGUCUCUGUCCCACGCGGCUGGACGGAAACUAAGCUAUAUUCUGGAUUUCCUCUGCCUUUGACCCGGGCUGUGUCCAACGAGAUUGUCAACUUGCCCAAUGACAAGUUCACCGAGGAUCAGCAGCGCUCCAUCAUGUUCAUGCAGUGGGGCCAGUUUAUCGCCCACGAUUUGGAUCUGGGCCGUUCCCCACCACUGCCGGACAAGUGCCGAAAUACAUGUAACGAAGAACCUCCUUGCUUCCCCAUCAAGUUACCCGCCAAUGACCCCCGCAUUGUGAACAGAAGCUGUCUUCCCUUCACCCGGUCAUGCCCGGUAUAUAACGGCAGCUUUGCCGUUCGAAAUCAGAUCAACAUGAUCACAUCCUUUAUCGAUGCCAGCCUUGUGUACGGAAAUGAAGAGGUUGUGGCCGAGCAGCUGAGAAACUUGUCAAGCGAUGGUUUGAUGGACAUAAACCACAACUUCACAGAUAAAGGCUUGGCCUUCCUCCCUUUCUCCAACCAGUCCGGCUUCUGCACUGGAACUGAUCCAGAGAAAAAAAUCCCCUGCUUUCAGGCAGGGGACAAUCGGGCCGACGAAAUGACUGACUUGACCGUGCUGCACACCCUUUUCCUGCGGGAGCACAACCGGCUGGCCACCGAACUGAAGAGGCUGAAUCCGUGGUGGGAUGGUGAGACGCUGUACCAGGAGGCCCGGAAAAUCGUCGGGGCUGUCUUGCAGAAAAUUACAUACACAGAUUACCUGCCUAAACUUCUGGAUCCUGUUUCUGGGUCAAGCCUAAAACACUACCGGGGCUACAACGCUUCAGUGGACCCUCGAAUCUCCAGCGUCUUCACGAAUGGCUUCCGUUUUGGACAUGCUACAGUCCGACCUGCAGUGAACCGCCUAGAUUCCCAUUACCGGCUUGUGAGCCAAAUGCCCAUCCAGCGACAGUUCCAGGCUCCAUGGAGUAUCGUGAGACUAGGAGGAAUCGAUCCCCUUCUACGAGGCAUGUUGGCAAAGCCUGCCAAGUUAUUCAGACAAGACCAGUUUGUAGUGGACGGCCUCAGGAACCACCUUUUUGAGCAGGGUGGGAUCGGAAUGGAUUUGCCCUCUAUGAACAUGCAGCGAGGCCGAGAUCAUGGACUGCCAGCUUAUAAUGCUUGGAGGAGGUUCUGCGGCCUCUCAGCGCCGCGCGACGAGACUGAACUCGCUGCGGUCCUCCAAAACCCGGACUUGGCAAAGAAGUUCAUCAGACUUUAUGGGACCCCCGAGAACAUCGACCUCUGGGUUGGAGGCGUGGCUGAGCCCUUGGUAACCAACGGCAGGGUUGGACCUCUCCUGUCGUGUAUCAUUAGCCGCCAAUUCAAAAAUCUCCGCGAUGGGGACAGAUUCUGGUGGGAGAAUCCCGCUAUAUUCACCCCUGAGCAACGUAAGGCCCUCAGUGCAGUCUCCUUGUCCCGGAUCAUCUGUGAUAACUCCCACCUUAGGGAGGUGCCCAGGGAUGUUUUCCGGCCCAGCCGGUACCCUCAAGACUUCGUCAGCUGCAAUGCUAUUCCUAGACUCAGCCUCUUCCCCUGGAAAAAAAAAUGA